AUGCCGGUCAUGCAGUUUUCAGAAAAGAAGCUCAGACCUCCAGAGCUCAUUACCAUCAACCUGGCUGUCUGUGAUUUUGGCUUCAGCCUCUUGGGAGCGCCAUUUUUCAUCAUUUCCAGCCUGUCUCAUGCCUGGGUGUUUGGAGAGACAGGGUGCCUUUGGUACGGCGUUCAGGGCUUUGUGUUUGGCAUCGGCUCUCUGCUUACCACCUCUCUCGUCUCUCUGGACUGUUGCCUGAAGAUCUGCUGCCAAAGAUAUGGCCAAUGGAUUGAGAGGCGCCAUGUGUCUCUGUCCAUAGCACUGAUGUGGGUUUACACAUUGUUCUGGGCCUUACUGCCUGCUUUUGGCUUUGGAAGUUAUGGACCAGAACCUUAUGGGACCAGCUGCACCAUCAACUGGUGGAGAAUGAGGUCGUCUCUAAAUGACAGAAUCUAUAUUUUCCUCAUCCUGAUAUUAUGCUUUGGAUUUCCUACACUCACCAUCGUCACUUCAUAUUUGGCCAUCCUGCUGACGAUGGCUGCUGUGACGUGCACCGCCUUCCUCCUGGCCUGGAUGCCCUAUGCCACAGUGUCUCUGAUCUCUGUACUCAUUCCCAGAGAUGACCAAGAGGCAGAAGGCCCUUUACAGACUAUGGUGGAGGAGUCCACUGACAUGGCACCAAGCUCUCCAAAGAUCCUGGACAUCCCCUCGUUGCUGAACUGGACCGUUACAGAAUAUUACAGACAAAUCUACUACAAUCCUGAGUGGGGUGACAACGUGAGUUCAGCCUGCAUCACCGACCUGAGUGACGCCGUGUUCAGGUCCGCCCUGGACAAAGAAGCUGCGCCAAUGACCAGAAGCCCCCAGCCGUUCUACUCUCUUCCACCUGUAGUCACCUUGAUCCCUGUUAUGUUUGCCAAGUCCCACUGCUUGAUCAACCCGUUAAUCUACCAGAUCUUGAACAGGGAGUUCAGGGAUGAUGUUUGCGUGAUGAUGCUUGGCCAAAAGAUGGCAGAGAGGAAGCGAGUGCAGGGGAGGAAGGAGAGCUUAUGUGAAAGGAGCACCAGCCUGUCCCAGAGCUGGAGGAGGAAAAGGAGCAACCUUGUCCUUGGCAGAUAAUAUCUCAGUGGGGGCUGAUGCUUUGGACUUUGCCUCCUUGGACACACAGAUCUGAAAGGGUCCAGAUCCAGCGCUCUCACUGUCAGAUAGAUAGUCAAAAUGUGUGCUGUGAAAGACAUUUUAUCCUUAGUCUAAUCAGCCAAAAUAAGUGAAAUCAACCUGUGUGGGUUUUCAAUGGGUGUAGGCUACAGGGCCUUUAAGUAGGCUACUUCUAGUGCAGGUCCAGCAUUCUGAACUGCAAUAAAACUAAUUAUUUGUGACUUCUACUCAAACAAAACAACUGGCUUUCUUUAGUCGUUGUCUUGUCAUUUAUAUAAAAAUGUUUAAAUGCUAAUUGCCUGGUGGUUGUCGUUGCCAGGUUAUCCUGCUGGGGUUAAUGGUGCCCAAUUAACCCCGGAGUCCUCCACUCUGAACUUCCUAUUACUAUCCUACUAUGUUUGAAUACGGACUAGCCCCAAGUUAGCUGCGUGGUAAUUUGACUAAACACAAAGUACUUUAAGAAUAUGCAGCAUACAGUACAUGCACAGUGAUGGAUGUCUUAAAGGAAUAGUUCGACAUUUUGGGAGCUUUUUAUCUUUCUGGCGGAGAGUUAGAUGAGCAGUUGCCAGGCAACCAGUGGGGACUCCAGGGAGUCACUGCUCCCAGUGGAGAAAUAAUCCAGUGUUACGUAGCAUAACAUCAGCAUAAAACAGCAAGUUGUCACUUGCACAUUUAGGUUUGUGUACGGACUAAACAAACGAGAU